AUGGAGCUCCGUCGCUCCCACCGAUCGCGAGGGACCGAGCCAACUGAACCAGAAGCUAAUAUGUCGACCAGAUCAACGAGACGAACCCGUGCCGUUGCAUCUGCAUCUGCAUCUGCAUCUAUCUCUGUUUCUCGAUUACCAUUGAAUUUUGAGGAACCCAAGAGAUCUCUGCGCUUGACCGUCAGGAUGCCUUCUAAUAAAUUGCGCGAAGCCACGGGCAGUGGUCGCUCCGCUGCACGGAGGUCCGUCAAUGUGUUCCGGGAGGAUCCCAUUGUUUCGGGACCCCGCUCCAGUCGGAACCGAAAGAAGAUCGUAGAAGUUGAGUCAAGCGACGAUGAUGAAAUCGACGACCAGGAAGAAGAUGAAGUUGACGACGAAGACGACGUUCUUGAUGACGACGAAGAUGCCGAUGCUGACGCUGACGCUGACGCCGAUGCUGACGGCGAUAUCGACAUGGAUGAGACCCCACCCCAGCCAGCUAUCAGGCGCGGAAAGCCCGCUCCAGCUCACGCAAAGCCACCCAAAAGUGUGGAGGCUAAAGAGAUGGAGAUGGAAGAAGAUGAGGAUGAAGAAGAGGAAGACGAAGAAGAGCCCAUCUCCGAUACGGAUGAAGAUGCCGAAGGCGAGGUGGAUGACCAGGAUGAACUGGCAAUGGGUGACGUUAAUGGCGAUGAUCUUGAUGAUCUUGAGGACGAUGAGCUAGAUGGGGACAUGGAUAGCGAUGCGAUUGCCAUGCAGGGUGGAAAACCCACCAAGCGUCAGCGAGGAAAUCUCGGAAAUGAUUUCUUGCAGCUCCCUAUGGAGCCCCAAGUCAAGAAGCAUUUGACCGCCGAAGAGCGUCAGAUGCGUCGCGCAGAAAUGGCCCGACGAAGAAAGAACCUGAGCGAGAAGAGAAACGAAGAAGAAAAGAUGGACACAAUCAACCGACUCCUCAAGAAGCAGGCUCCCAAGCGGCGCGGCCGAGCUGCAGCUAAUGACGCUGGUGAUGGCACCCCCGGCCAAGAAAACAAUGAGCCCGAGAAAGCCGAUCCCACUCUGGUUCGUUGGGUCAGCGGUUCAAGCGGUUGCAAAGUCAGUGUUCCGGAAGAAUGGCUGGGCACCCCCUCUGGGCGCAUGUUUGGCGCACCUAUCCCCGCCAGGAAAAUGGUUGAGGAGCUUUGA